AUGCUCCUUCCGGACUCACCGUCUCUAGAUCUAGACUUGAACGACCAGCCACGCAAGCAGAGCAGUACGGAUCACUUUCAUCACCUUGGGUUGUUGGCUGUGGUCUCGCCUGCUUUCGCCAUGACGAACUACUCCAAGUGGGACAAGUUUGCUGCAGAUCUGGCCUCCGACACAGAAGAGGAAGAAGAGAGGGAGCUUGGCGACUACACGGCCAAGACAGUUUGCUACAUCCAUGUGCCUCCCGGGGACUUCACCAAGAAGGAGCAACUCUGCAAGCUUCUGGAGGAGGCCCCCGACUUCGAGGCACCAUCGUCGACCGCCGCCGGGCUUCCGGCGGAGGGUGAGGUGGAGCCGGGAGUCGAACGAGCACUGAAGAAGUACAAGUGGUCAUCUGUGACUUCGCAGUUCAUCCCAGGCUACGGCGCCGGAGGCUCCAGCGAUCACUUGUGGCGCCUCUACUACGAUGACAACUUCUUGACGACGCAAAAGGAACCCAAUCGAGCGGCGAGAGCCCUGCUAGGCUACCAGUCCUUGGGGAGCUUCGUCAUUUCUUGCUUUGACAGGAGCACCGGGUCUGAGCGGCCAAUCAGCCGGAAGGAGGUGGCUGACCUCAUUAUGCGGCGGCAGCAAGGUGGUGAUGCGGAAAGGAUCAGCCGCGAACACGAGGAUCAAAAGGCCCGAAUGGAAGCCUUCUCACAGAUGGGAGGGAAGACCGUGGAGCUGAGCGGCUGA